UCCACGAUUCUCUUUAGUUCCGCGCUGCGAUCAGGAAUAAAUCUGUUGACUGUUAUGCAUGACUAAAGAUGAAAUCUCUGGCGCAGGAGAUAGAGGGGUACUCCACGUCGCAUUUAAGAAAGCAAAGUACCCGCGUGACAACAGUGACUGGGAGGAAACUGGUAGAGACGCGGAGCGGCGAUGAUUUUCACGUCGCAGAUGAUACGGAGCGGGACAGUGACGCAUCGUGCGGGUUUGUGCAGGACUUGAACCUGGACCUUCAAGUGGGCGCCAUCAGACCCUUCCUCUUACUCUCAUCACAGGAUGCUGCCCAUGACAUAGACACUUUGAAGAAAUUUAAGGUGACUCAUGUGCUGAAUGUAGCCUAUGGGGUUGAGAAUGUGUUCCCAGACCUCUUCACAUAUAAGACCGUUACCAUGUUGGAUCUUUCAGAGACAGACAUCACCUCCUACUUCUCUGAAUGUUUUGAGUUCAUAAACCAAGCCAGUCAACAGUGUGGAGUGGCACUGGUCCAUUGUAAUGCUGGGGUGUCUCGCUCUGCAUCUGUUGUCAUCGGUUUUCUUAUGUCCCAGGAGAAAAUGUCAUUUGAAGAAGCCUUUAGCACUGUAAAAAAUGCCAGACCUUCCAUCCAGCCAAACCCAGGCUUUAUAGGGCAGCUUAAGAAAUAUCAUCCAUAAUACAACACCUACCAUAUGAAUGAUUUAAUCUUUUACUACAUUUUAGGCGCUCAUUCAGUGACGGUGGAGGUAUUGCUUAAGUUCUUUGAAUAAACUGCUUUAGUGAGGAAACAGCUAAUCUUUUAAUGAAUUAACAGCUUGUCUGCUAAUAUUCAGUAUGUUUUACAUUAAUAAUUUUAGAGCGAACAAUGCAUGGAGUUUACUAAGAAAUAUUUGCUGUUUUAUAAAGUGAGAAGUCAAUAAAAAUGUUGUGACAGGAUUAAUUCUGUGGUAUUUGCAAACUGUGAUUUACUGUUGUAAAACUCUGAAAGUGGUUCAUAGAUGUCAGGACCAUAACACUCAAUGAGCACUUUAUUAGGAACACCUGUGCACCUAAUUGUGUGGCAGCAGUGCAAUGCAUAAAAUCAAGCAGAUAUGGGUCAGAAGCUUCAGUUAAUGUUCACAUCAACCAUCAAAACUGGGAAUGUGAUCUCAGUGAUUUCUAUUGUUAGUGCCAGACGGGCUGGUCUGAGUAUUUCUGUAAUUGCUGAUCUUACUCCGAAUGGUGCCAAAACCAUAAAACAUCCAAUGAGCCUUGUUGAUGAGAGGUCAACGGAGAAUGGCCAGACUGGUUUGAGCUGACAGAAAGGCUACGGUAGCUCAGCAUUCUGUACAAUUGUAGUGAGCAAAAUAGCAUCUCAGAAUGCAGGUCCGAUGAAUCUCAAUUUCUGCUUUUGAGUAUUGUUGCUGACCAUGUGCAUCCCUUUAUGGCCACAAUUUACCCAUCUUCUAAUGGCUAAUUCAGCAUGAUAAUGCACCAUGUCACAAAGUCGCUUCAAACUGGUUUCAUGAACUGUUCUUCAGUAACCUUCCCAGUCACCAGAUCUGAAUCCAAUAGAACACCUUUGGGAUGUGGUAGAAUGGAAGAUUUGCAGCAUGAAUGUGCAGCUGAAAAAUCAGCAGAAAUUGUGUGACGCAAUCAUGUCAAUAUGGUCUAGAAUCUCAAAGGAAUGUUUCCAACAUCUUGUAGAUCCAUACCAUGAAGAAUUUCUGCGAGCAAAGGGAGGCCCUACCCAGAAUUAGAAUAGUGUGCCUAAUAAAGUGCUCAGCGAAUGUAUACUGUGAUUGGUUUAGAAGACUUGCGUAAUCCCAGUGGACCAUUGUGCUUUCUAGAAUUUUAGAUGGUCCUUUAUCAGAGAAUUUCUGUGGAGGCUGCAAUCUUUGUCUAUAACUUUAUUUAUAACUUUCAUUUAAUUUGUGUCUUGAAUAAAUUAAAUAUUUGUAAGAAUGUUCUUUGACGAUCUACAAGGUGUUUCCUGAACAAGUUCCGAAGAGAAGUUUUCAAGAAGAAAAAAUAUU